UGGCGGACUUGGUGACCUGCUGAUGAGAAGGCUGCGGGGGGAAUCCGGCUGCCGGGCCCCAAGACCGACUGAGGGAGCGACCUGCGCGGGGCCCGGGGAGUCAUGUAGGGUGGCGUCUGCGCGGAGGGCCGCGGGAGGGCAGCGGGAGCUGGCGUUAGCCACGGGCUUCUGGCGUCCCCAGACCGGGGUGGGUGUAGGGGCCCCCGACAGCAUCGACUCAGCGCCUUCGCAAAGCUGCGCACCCGAGCCCUGCGCGCCGUGCGAGGUGAGCGCUGUGUUCUCCUUUCACGGGUGAAGAGACUUAGGCGAAGCCACUUGUCCAAGGUCAUGCAGCUGGCUGGGUGCCAACCGCUAACCCUGUAAAUGACCUCGGGCUGAUAUGGGCCUUAAUUCUCCACCUGUGAAACGAGGCAACGCCAGCCCUGCGACUCUCAUCAGCGUGUUUGGAGCAUCGGAGGAGAUAAUGCAUGUGAAAUUGCUUUGUGAAUCGCUACGUUGAGCACCCUGAAGGACUGGGGUUACUGUUGCAAGUAGAGGGGGAACAGGGUGGGAGGGAGACCAGAGCAGUCACAGAGGGUUGCUCUGACCCCAGACUCCUCUGGAUGGGGAGUGAGGUAAGGAGUAGGUAGCAGGGCUUUCUCCUCUUUGGAGGAAACCUCACCCGAUUUUCUGGGCCACCUCUCAGGGUCUCCAUCACCCAACUCCAUGCUUCGAAUCCUGCUGUCUGCGAAGGCCUCCCCUGCUCGGCUGUCUGGCCUGCUGCUCAUCCCACCAGUACAGCCCUGCUGUUUGGGGCCCGGCAAGCUGGGGAACCAGAUUUUUGGAGGAGGUCCCCAUGCAGGCCCCAUGCAAGGCUUGCAGCGGCUUCUGGAACAGGCGAGGAGCCCAGGGGAACUGCUGCGCUGGCUGGGCCAGAACCCCACCAAGGUGCGCCCUCACCACUACCCUGUGGCGCUUCGUCGUCUGGGCCAGCUCUUGAGGACUCAGCCCCAGCCACCUCCUGUGGAGCAGGCCACACUGCAGGACUUGAGUCAGCUCAUCAUCCAAAACUGCCCCUCCUUUGACAUUCACACCAUCCACGUGUGUCUGCACCUUGCAGUCCUACUUGGUUUUCCAUCAGAUGGGCCCUUGGUGUGUGCCCUGGAGCAGGAGCGAAGGUUCCGCCUCCCUCCAAAGCCACCCCCCCCACCACAGCCUGUCCAUGGUGGGCAAAGGCUGGAAGCUGCUUUGAGCUGUCCCCACUUACUGCGGUACCCACGGCAGCAUCUGAUCAGCAGUCUGGCAGAAGCAAGGCCAGAGGACCUGACCCCUCAUGUCAUGGUGCUCCUCGCCCGGCACCUGGCCCGGCACCGGUUGCGGGAGCCCCAGCUUCUGGAAGCCAUUGCUCACUUCCUGGUGGCCCAGGAAGCCCAGCUCAGCAGCAAGGUGGUACAGAAGUUGGUCCUGCCCUUUGGGCGGCUGAACUACCUGCCUUUGGAGCAGCAGUUUAUGCCUUGCCUUGAGAGGAUCCUGGCAAGGGAGGCAGGGAUGACACCCUUGGCCACAGUCAACAUCUUGAUGUCACUGUGCCAGCUGCAAUGCCUUCCUUUCAGAGCCUUGCACUUUGUCUUCUCCCCAAGUUUCAUCAAUCACAUCAGUGGCACCCCUCAUGCUCUGAUUGUGCGACGCUACCUCUCCCUGCUUGACACGGCUGUGGAGCUGGAGCUUCCAGGAUACCGGGGCCCCCGCCUUCCCAGAGGGCAACAAGUGCCCAUCUUCCCACAACCACUCAUCACUGACCGUGCCCGCUCCAAAUACAGUCACAAGGACAUAGUAGCUGAGGGGCUACGCCAGCUGCUAGGGGAAGAAAAAUACCGCCAGGACCUGACUGUACCUCCAGGCUACUGCACAGACUUCCUUCUGUGUGUCAGCAGUUCUGGUGCUGUGCUUCCUGUAAGGACCCAGGAUCCUUUCCUACCUUACCCACCACGGUCCUGCCCACAGGGCCAGGCUGCCUUUAACCCUACAACCCGAGACCCUGCCCAAAGGGUGGUGCUGAUGCUGCAUGAACGCUGGCAUUUCUGCCGUGACGGCAGGGUGCUGCUAGGUUCCCGGGCCCUGAGGGAGCGGCACCUGGGCCUAAUGGGCUACCAGCUCUUGCCGCUGCCCUUCGAAGAACUGGAGUCACAGAGAGGCCUGGCCCAGCUCAAGAGCUACCUAAGGCAGAAGCUGCAAACUUUAGGCCUCCGCUGGGGACCUGAAGGGGGGUGAGGGAUACACAUGGGGCUCAGGAUGGCCCCCCCAUGGGGGGUGGACAAUUUGUUUUGGUUUUUCAUUAAAGUCUCUUUCCUU